AUGCCGCACCAAGCGCGCUCACCCCGAGGGCAGACCCCACGGCAAGAGUCGCAAGGCCUGCAGCCUGUGCGCACACCCAACCCCGUGCGCGGUCACCGCCCGCCCUCCGCAGGCAGCGGCUCUAGAACCUUCGCCAGGCUGCUGCUGCCGCCGCCGCCGCCCACCGGGAGUCCCGCCCGCCUCGUUCAGCCCCGCCCCAUCAAGCCUUGCCCCGCCCACCCGCCGAGCCUCCUAGCAACGCUAAACUCUCCCGAGCGAAUCAGUACUUCGAGAAGAGCAACGCCUCUUCCUACCACCCCGACAAGUGUAAUGAGUUUUGUCGCGCUGGAGACGUCACGGCGGUCUAGCAUUUCCGACGUGGUGGCGUCAUCACGGGGCCGCGAUAGGAGGUGGGGGCUGCUCUGGGCACGUGACCGGGCCCCGUGGCUCGCCAAGGGGUUAAGGCCGCCAACAAAAGGCUGCUUUUGCCUUACUGUGGGCGCAACUUGGGUCCCGCCUUUCCGUGUGGAACUCUUGAAACACCUUUUCCUGGUGCCUUCGACCCUUUCAGACCAUUCCAGCGGUCUGAUUCUCAACUGGGUUUGGAUUCGUGAGCCUGUUGACCGUCAAAGGAAUAUGAAAUUACUUUUCUUGGGGCAGUGUUCCGUCCUGGUUCUAGCCUACCGAAGGGCCCCAGCCAAUAAACAUAAGAUGCAUGGAAGGAAACGUUAUUUUUCCUAGCUUACACACCCAAGACCAAGCAAUCAUUAUUUUGUCUGAAUUUUUAGCUUCCUAACUGGUUUCUCUGUUUCCCCACUGUGCCUUUAUAGUUAGUUUUCCACAGAUCAGCCAGAGAAAUCUUUUCAAAUCAUUAUAUCCCUUUGGUUAAAAACCUCUAACAGCUUCCUAUUAGGCUUAAAGUGCAAACUCCUUCCUGUGAACUUUAAAGUUUUACAUGAUCUUAUCUCAC